UGCACACGUUCAAUCCCUACCUACCCACCACCAUCUGCCACUGGCACUGCCUUGGCAAGAUUGGUUCAAAUAUAGCUUCAACAACCUCUGCCACUUGCGGGUCGCCAAUCGUCCAGAAUGGGUCGAUCUCUUUUUCCUCCCUCGCUGUCACUAUUGGCUCUCUGUUCUAGUAUCCCGCUCUUCUUCUCUCCUCUAUUACGCUCUGAUGCGAACGGCUUCUCUCGAAACCUGGGUAACCGAUUUUUGCAGCCAUCUCCUACUGACUUGCCAUGAGCUUCGGAAACUGAACCUCAUCUUGCAAGCUUCAACGAUGAUCUCUGUUUCUCAUUUGGGUCCGUCAUUUGUCAGUCUCAUCCCUUCUCCAGGUGCUUCCUGUUCGUCUAAUCCGAGAAAGGAAACCCGUGUCUCGAGACCAAAGACAAUCCGACUACUACUACUACCACCAUCGCCACCAGCUAUCCCGUCCCAAGUACCAAGUUGUCAUGGGCUAGCUGGUCUCUGCCCUUGGUCAUGUCUCAGAUUGCGCAGAUACUAACUCAUCGCGGGAUACCGAGGCCGCUUCCGCUAUUCUUGGGCAGCAACCCGGCCAAAUUAACAAUCGUCACGAGACCAUCAGGCAAACGGCAUUUUCGCCAACCAUGCACGGAUCACUGGUAUGGGAACAUACCGUACAGUACCCGCAAAAGAAUAGGCCAGGGCAAAGGGCAAAAAGAGGUUAGUAAAA